AACUUCAUUUUUUUUUUCAUCAUACUGUAAUUUUUGUGGUUGAAGCUAUGAAUUGGUGAUCGGUAGGUGUUGAUUUUUGCAGUUCUGCAGAAGAUCGAUUAAGAGAUUUUGUGGAGAACUCUAUAAUUCAGGCAAAAAUGAGCUCUCUACAAGGGCCUGUUGUUUUCCCUCUGGUUAGUGGAAAGAAAGCAGGUACACUCAGUUCACCUAUAGUGAAGGCUAAGAUGCUGAGGAGUGAGUUCUUGGGGUUUAAUGGAAUACCUAGACAGCAGGAUAAUGUGGCUCAUGUACCACGAUCACGUUUAAGCAAGUUGAUCGGAUGUAGUUUCAGUUCAUCAUCAAAUGAUAGUGGUAGUACAGCCGAGAAUUUUAACGAAAGUGAUGCUGAUUAUGUGAAUUCUAGCGUGGUUGAAGCUGUUGAAGUGCAUAGCGGGAAAGAUGGUUUCAUGAUUAAGAUGAGAGAUGGAAGUCAUGUGAAAUGCAUCCAUAACAAUCCGCAGGGGGUUCAUGUACAUAAUUAUGCUCCAAACCCAGCGGUUGUGCUAAAGAUGGAGGACGGGACUGGGCUGCUUCUUCCUAUAAUUGUUUUGGAGAUGUCAAGUGUGCUGCUCAUGGCUGCUGUACGCAAUGUCCAACUUGCCAGACCAACAAUGUAUCAAGUUUUGAAGGAAAUGGUCGAAAAGAUGGGCUACACAGUUAAACUUGUUCGAGUUACCAAGAGAGAGCACGAGACAUAUCUUGCUCAGUUACAUCUAACCAAGUUAGAUAACGAUGCUGAGAGUAUUAGCUUCGAUCUUCGUCCUUCUGAUGCAAUCAACAUCGCUGUGAAAUGCAAGGUGCCGAUACAAGUCAAUAAAAACUUGGCGUACAGUGAUGGCGUGAGGAUUGUUGAGUCUGCAGAUCUUGCACCGCGUGCUGCCUCUUCUGAUGGCCUAUUGUUCACUGGGCCUGACAAACCCGCUGGGCAGCCAUCCACAGAUGAAAAGGAGUUUAUUCUUGUACGAAACAUGCUGGUUGCUGCAGUCGAAGAACGAUACAGAGAUGCAGCUCUUUGGAGGGACAAGCUUACUCAACUUCGAUCCAACAAGAAUUGGGCAUAGCAAGGAUUGUUGCAGUUUGUUGAAGCAAGAACUCGAUAUGUAUAUAGAAACCAUUUAUCGAUACGAUCAGCAUUGAAGAUCAAUUAUAUAUAGCUCUUCCUCAAAAUAUGUAUAUAUUGUAUAUUUGUAUAGACUCUAAUGCUAAUGUUAAGAAGAAAAAAGCUUAAACUGGUAAAACUAGUUGUUCUUGGCAAUGUAAAGAACUAGUGAAUAUAAGUGUCAAUUGGCCUAUUAAAAAGUGUCA